AUGAGAAGCAGAUAUUUCAUAGUAGUUUCUUUUUUUCUAUUGAAUAUACUUACUAUAUGUUAUCUUUUCUUUCUUCAAAAUACUCAACUACAGCCAUGUCCAGUUUCCGACAACAUUAUUCUUGAUAAAAAAUACAAACUUACUGUGAUUCUCAGAGAAUUUGAAGAUCAUAAAAAUAACAUAGCAGAAACAGUUAAACUUUUACUGGAACUUUCUGAAGAACUAAAUGUUGUUGUUAUUGGUGAUAAUCUUCCAUAUCCUCCAAUAGGUUUAAAAGAAUCUUCUAGAUUUCAUGUCAUCUCAUUGGAGCCACAUCUGUUUACACCUUUAACAAAUUCUCGGCCAGAACAAGUGAUUGAUUCAGAGUUUGUUCUCUUACUUCCAGACUCUACCAUGAUUUCUAGUUUCAGUGAUAUAACUAAUGCCAUGCAACAAUUAUCAGAUGUUUAUAAUUCAUUGGCAAUUCCUUUAGCUAAUGAAAGAUUAAUGUGUAAUAUUUUAAAAUUUGAUGUUAAAAAAUGGUUCUUAGUGUAUUCUGAUAGUGAUCAAACUAAUUGUGAUAUAGUGAUAGGAAAUCAUGCAAUUUUAACAAAAAGUGAGACUCUUUUCAAAUUUUCACAUCCUUUUACAAGGCCGAUUUUUUCCUCAUUUUAUAUCCAAAAUUCACUUACAAAUUUUAAAACCAAACUGUAUGACAAAAUGAGAUUAAACAUUUUGAAAGAGAUCUUUCAAGAUCCACAUGAAAAAUGGAAACAUAAGAAAUAUGAGGAGUUAAGACAAAAGGCAAUGUAUAAAUCUCUGGGUAUUAAAUUAGUCAAAUAUGGAGAGAGAAGAAAAGAAUGGUAUGGUUGUUCUAAAGAGACUACUAGAUGUUUUGAUACUGUUGUCAAUGAUAUGCCGGAAUAUUUAUAUCAAGGACGAUGGACCCCACCAUGUUGUCUUCGUGCAUUGAAACAAACUUAUCAACACGUCUUGAAUGUGUUGACUAAAUGUAAAGUCAGAUUUUGGCUGGAAGGAGGUAGUCUACUGGGUGCUGUGAGGCAAGGUAAUAUUAUUCCAUGGGACUAUGAUAUAGACAUUGGACUUUAUAAAGAUGAUCUAUCAAAAUGUGAACAGUUUCAAAAAGUUUCCAAAAAGUCAUUCAUAGAUGAAGGUGAUUUCUUAUGGGAAAAGGCAAUAGAAGGAGAUUUCUUCCGAGUGCAAUAUAGUGAAAGUAAUAGACUUCAUGUAGACAUGUUUCCAUUUUAUUCUCGGGAUGGAGUUAUGACAAAGGAUACAUGGAUGAAAACCCAUAGACAGGACACAGAAUUUCCAGAAAGAUUUUUGAAACCAUUAACAUCAAUAUCAUUUCUAGGUAUUGAAUCUCCAGCUCCUAAUAAUGUCAAAGAAUUUUUAGAAUUUAAGUUUGGAAAAGGUGUCAUUGAAAAUCCCAAAUAUCCAAAUAUGAAUGAUCCAAUAAAGUAA